CGUGGCUAUGUCAGCCUCCGCUCUCCGGUCCAGAUUCCGAUCACCAUCGCCAUCGAUCGAUCGGCAUGGCCGCGGCGACGGUGCAUCAUCGCCCGCAGCUGCAGUCGAGGAACGUGUGCGUGGUGGGGGGCGGCAUGGCCGGCCUGGCGUCGGCGCGCGAGCUGCGGCGAGAGGGCCACGCGGUCACCGUCAUGGAGCAGAGCGGCGACGUCGGCGGGCAGUGGCUGUACGACCCGGGGACAGACGGCCGCGUGCCCAGCAGCGUGUACGCGUGCCUCCGCCUCCUCAGCCCGCGGGAGGCCAUGGGCUUCUCCGACUUCGAGUUCCUCCCCAGGGCCGGCGCCGGCCGCGACCCGCGCCGCUUCCCCGGCCACCGCGAGGUGCACAGCUACCUCAGGGACUUCUGCCACGCGUUCGGGCUCAUGGACGCCGUCAGGCUCAACACCCGGGUCCUGCGCGUCGCAAUCGCGGAUCCGACGUCGGCGGCGACGCGUCAGUGGGCGGUGAGGUCCGUGCGGCGCCUCGGCGGCACGGAGGAUGAUGCGCGGGAGGAGGAGGAGGUGUUCGACGCGGUGGUGGUGGCCACCGGCCAGUACUCGCAGCCGAUGCUCCCGAGCGGCAUCGAGGGCAUGGCGGAAUGGAGGCUUCGGCAGCUACACAGCCACUCGUACAGGACGCCGGAGCCGUUCCGCGGCGAGGCGGUGGUGGUGGUCGGUUGCCGGGACAGCGGCAAGGACAUCGCGUUGGACCUCUGCCGCGUCGCCAGGGAGGUGCACCUCGCCGCCAGCUCCGAGGCCGCCGCGCCCACACCGGCCGUGUCAAAGAUGCUGGCCAAUCACGGCGACGUGCUGCGCCUCCACCCGCGGGUACGCCGGCUGCACGCGGACGGGCGCGUGUGGUUCGAGGACGGCUCCUCUGUCGUCGCGGACACCGUGAUCUACUGCACGGGGUACGGCUACUCGUUCCCGUUCCUGGACACGGGCGGGGCGGUCACCGUGGGCGACGGCGACUGCGUGGUCGGGCCGCUGUUCGAGCACGUGUUCCCGCCGUCCCUGGCGCCGUCGCUCUCCUUCGUGGGCGUGCCGAGGAAGGUCCUGCUGCCGUGGUUCUUCGAGGCGCAGGCGAGGUGGGUCGCGCAGGCGCUGUCCGGCCGCCGCGCGCUGCCGCCGGAGGCGGAGAUGCUGCGGGCCGUGGAGGAGCACUUCCGCGCCAGGGAGGCCGCCGGCGAGCCGAGGAAGCACACCCACCACUACAUCGGCGGCAUCGACAAAAUGUUCGAGUUUGGGGAGAAGUACGGCGACUUGACGCCGAUGGAGGACUGGAAGAAGGAGCUGGUCCUGUCGAGCAUGGCGAGCAUGAGCGACGACCUGGAGACCUUCCGCGACCGCGCCGACGACAGCGAGAACGUCCAGAAGGGCGUCCGGCGAUGGCGCGGCGGCUUAGCUGCUCAAGCUCAGGACAAAACCGUGGCCGCUGCUGCUGAAGUUGAAGGUGAUUGGCAGGCCAUGGCUAAGAAAGAAAGAAACUCCUCAACUGAAUUGAACUGCACCUCUUCGAGUAUCAGUAAGGGUAUGUUUAACGCACAUCUAAACUGAUGUUCACUUUGUUUGUGGUCUUUUUUUUGUUCCAGUUUUUUUUUUGUUUCUUGUUGCUGCAUUAUAUAUUCAUGAAAGCUUAAAUAUGACAUCCUUAAAAAACAUCUAGAUGUGAAUUAGACAAACUGUAUCAGUAAACUUGCCCGGUGAGUAUCCAAAGAUUUGAUUGCCACAUAGAGAUUUUGCUCGAUCGCCUACAGAAUUGAAAUUUCAUCCAGAUCGAGCGUGGGAUUAGGGAUUCACGAUCUGGAUGCCAGAGAAAUAGCGCACUGUAAAUGUGUAGGCUAGU